UUUUAAACAGCCCACCGCACCUCUCUCUUUGUCCAGUGUUUCCUGAAGAGACGUGAUGAGGAUUUUAACAUACUCCCUAGGCUCAGCGUGUGUGUGUGCGCUUUAUCCUUGAAGGUCAACCAAGCAUGAGGCUUAAAAUGGACAUACAUCUCUCACUGCCAAAGCGCUUCUGUGAAAUGCUUUUUUGGUUAAAAGAAGAAGAGAUGUCACAUCAGGAGCUAACCCAGCGACUGGCUACAGUCAUCACUCAUGUGGAUGAAAUCAUGCAGCAGGAGAUAAGGCCGCUGGUCGCAGUGGAUAUAAUUGAGCAGCUCCACAGGCAAUUUGCCAUCCUGUCAGGAGGCAGAGGGAAGGAUGGGGCACCCAUUAUAACUUUCCCAGAGUAUGCAGGAUUCAGCGAUAUACCCGACGAGGAUUUUCUGAACGUUGUGACGUAUUUAACCAGCAUUCCCAGUCUGGAGGCUGCCAGCAUUGGUUUCAUCAUCGUUAUAGACCGACGACGGGACAAAUGGAGUGCGGUAAAGGCAUCCCUGACACGGAUAGCAGGAGCUUUCCCGGGGAACCUGCAGCUGGUCUUUGUCCUGCGGCCCUCCCGCUUUAUUCACAGGACAAUCGCUGAUAUCGGCAUUAAACUCUAUCGAGACGACUUUAAAAUGAAGAUCAUCAUGUUAAAUUCUAUUUCUGAUCUACAUGGCUAUAUUGACAAAAGUCAGCUAACCCGAGAGUUAGGGGGAACCCUGGAGUAUGGCCACAGUCAAUGGAUACACCAUCGAACUGCCAUUGAGAACUUUGCCAUGACAGUGAAAACGACAGCACAGAUGCUACAGACCUUUGGAACGGACCUGGCAGAGACUGAGCUUCCCAACGAUGUGCAGUGCACGGAGGAACUCCUCUCCUCCCACACGGAGCACCACAACAAGCUGAAGGAUGAGCUGAAACUAGCUGUGAAGCAGGGGGCCACACUCCUGACGUGUAUUAGAGAGCCAGUCACACGGAGCUCCACUAGCAAACUCAGUCCAGACGAGCUAGAGAAUGUAGCGACGGUGGAAAGGUUAUUGGCUCAGUUGGAUGAAACAGAAAAGGCUUUUGAUCAAUUUUGGUCCAAACAUCACCUAAAACUGGAACAGUGCCUGCAGCUCCGACACUUUGAACAUGAUUUCAGAGAGGUAAAACUGGAACUGGAUAAUCUGAUGGACGCGCAAGCUGGUUUCACAGAUAUUGGAGACAGCGUGACUCGAGUGGAGCACCUCCUAAAGGAACGGAAACAACUGGAAGAGAAAGGACAGGAACCUUUGGAAAAGGCCCAGUCGCUAGCACUGCAUGGAGACCAGCUCAUCCAAAACAACCAUUAUGCAGUUGACUCCAUUAGGCCAAAAUGUGUUGAACUCAGGCGUAUCUGCGAUGACUUUACCAAUGAGACCAAGAAGAAAUAUGAUAUUUUGGGAAAGUCCCUUGAGCUGCAUAAGCAGUUAGACAAGGCGAGGCAAUGGUGUGAAGCUGGAAUCUACCUCUUAGCUUCUCAAGCUGUGGACAAGUGCCAGUCACAAGAGGGAGCUGAGACGGCGCUGUGUGACAUAGAGAAAUUCCUGGGAACCGCUAAGGAACACCAGUUGUCUAACCCUAAGGAAUUCUACAACCAGUUCGACAUGAUUCUAACCCCUGAAAUAAAGGCCAAUGCCCAAAAAGUUCUACAAAAACUAGAAGACGUGCAAGAAAUGUUUGACAAGAGGCAAGUGAGUUUGAAGAAGCUGGCAGCCAAGCAGACUCGGCCGGUACAACCUGUCGCCCCGCAUCCUGAAUCCUCCCCCAAGCGAGCAUCACCCAAGAGCACCGGACCGGCACCAUUAACUACCAAUAGGAGAUCAGCAGAAAUUCCCUGUCCACCAAAGUCCAUCUCUGAGGUAGAAUUAUCAAAAAAGAAAAGUAUUAAGAAGACUAAAGGCGGAAUUAAGAUUGAAGUGAUGCAUGAAGCCAGUCAAGGUGGGUCCAGCAGAGUCUUGGUGAUGAGUGAAAGCGAGGAGAAUCUUUCCACUAGGAGGAGCCACAUAAUAAAUGAACUGAUAGAAACAGAGCGGGUUUAUGUAGAAGAACUUCAAAGUAUAAUAGAGGGCUAUGCUUCAGAAAUGGACAAUCCUGAUUUAAUUCAUCUGAUCCCAUCGGCUCUUCAGAACAAAAAGGAAGUUCUUUUUGGCAACCUCCCGGAAAUCUACGAAUUCCACAACAGAAUUUUCCUUAAGGAGCUGGAAAAUUGCAUUGAGAACCCUGAGCUUCUUGGUCGGUGCUUUUUAAAAAGAAAAGAGGACCUCCAAGUAUAUGAAAAAUACUGUCAGAACAAGCUAAGAUCUGAAGCCCUCUGGAGACAAUGUGGAGAUAGCCUCUUCUUUCAGGAAUGCCAGCGUAAACUGGAUCAUAAACUUUCACUAGAUGCUUAUCUCUUAAAGCCAGUCCAGAGGAUCACAAAGUACCAGUUGCUUUUGAAGGAAAUGCUGAAAUGCAGCAAGAAUUCUGAAGGCACCGCCGAAUUGGAAGAGGCACUGGCCACAAUGCUUGAUAUCAUCAAGUCAGUGAAUGAUUCCAUGCAUCAAAUAGCCAUCACGGGAUAUGAGGGAGACGUGCAUGAGCUUGGCAAGCUGCUGAUGCAGGGCUCCUUCAACGUCUGGACUGAUCACAAGAAGGGCCAUAGCAAGGUGAAAGACUUGGCUAGGUUCAAACCGAUGCAGAGGCACCUCUUUCUCUACACAAAGAUCCUGCUCUUCUGCAAGAAACGGGACGAAAACACGGACGGCCACGAGAAGUCUCCUUCAUACAGCUUUAAGAAUUCUUUAAAGAUGAGUACUGUUGGCAUCACAGAAAAUGUAAAGGGCGAUAACAAGAAGUUUGAGAUCUGGUACAAUGGCCGAGAAGAGGUCUAUAUCAUUCAGGCAUCUUCCAUCGAGUUGAAAAACAUCUGGGUUUCUGAGAUUAGAAAAGUCCUGACAGGACAACUGGAAGCAUGCAGAGAAGCAAGCCAGCUACACCAAAGAAUCACGGAGAGUGUGUACCAUGCACCGAUGAAUUCCUCCAACUCAACCAGAUAUAGCAGGAAGUCAUCAACUGCGUAUGAAAAUAAAUCUGAGCCAACAAACCGGGAAACAUCUAACGACAGGAGCAGAAACUCCAGUCCCAGCACUAGACAAAGGAGAGAUCCAGAAUCUAAAGAGAGAGACGUUACCCGUCGCUUUUCCCUUGCCUCCUCCAUCAGCACCACAGUCACCACAUCUGCUCUGACCAAAGGUCCCCUGGGUUCUGCAGUUAAAGUCAAGAGACAUGAAAUAAAGAGUGAUCCAACUCCCCUGGGGUUUGAAGAUGCUUUUGAGAACACCAUCUUAGCCCAGACUAAAUGUAAUGCCGGUUCCAUCACAAGACCAGUUCCCAGAUCUGCUUCACAGACAGGUUGGCCCAGCAGGCAGAUGCCCUCGCUAGACACCUUUGAGGAUUUCGAAGCCAUCCCAUCCAGCACGGAUGAACUCUCCAACUCUUCUGACAUGGAGGAAGAGGCCAAUCCUAACAAUGGAUCCAAUCUUUUACGGGUAGAAGGCAGUUAUGAAACCUGUUUCCCAGAGUCUUUCACUCUAGAGAAUGGAGAUUUAGUGCAUUUUGUACAGGAAGGAGAAAAUGGACAAUGGUUAGUAAAGAAGCUGGCUUCUGAGAAAAGUGAUUGGGUUCCUUCCAGUGUGUUACACCCUGCGGAAGGUGAUAGCAACAGUAUCCUUAGGAAGAACAAUGAAGAAGUGUACAAUGAUACAUGCAGCACGGCCCUGGCAGACACUGAAAUGAAGGAAAGCGAGCUGGCCAGAAGCUUAACGGCAGAACAGAGGGCUGGGAGUUGAACUGCAGGACAGGUUUUCCUCAGGACUCGUUCCUCUUCCUUAUUUGUUUUGGUGGAUGCUGGAUCAAGUCACCUUUCCCACAAGCUCUGAGCUUCAGAAUUCAUUCCAACCUCAUUGACAGGAAAGCUGCUUGGUCCACGGCAUGAGCUGAAAAACUGAAGGAGCAUUAAAAAUUCAAACAGCAUCACUGAACCGAAAAAAAUGCUUCUCGCAUUGUUUAUUGAACCAUUUGAUAGGAUGUGGCCUAAAUUAGGUCGACAGCAGAGUGGAAAGUUACUAUGCACUCACCUUGUGGCGAC